AUGUCCGGUCGCGAGGAACCGGAGGAGAAACCGAGAGUCCGGAUGUUCUCUCCCGGUUUCAGUCUGGACAAGUCCCGGUUACACGGCUCCGGGUUCCGGUCUAAAGGCUUCGCCAUCACGGACCUGCUGGGCCUGGACCUCCGGUCCCGGGGCCCCCCCCCCACCGAGCCACCGGGGCCCGGGGCCGGUGGUGGUGGGGGGGGCGGGGGCCUGGCCGGGUUCUCCUUCCAGGGACAGUCGCUCCCGCUCGGCCUCGGCUUCCUCUGCAGCCUCGCGGCGCAGCAGCCCACCGGGGGCUCGUGCUUCCUACCGGGACACCUGCCGCUGCUGCAGGCGCGCGCGGACAGCUCGUACCUGCACAACCUGGAGACAGCGCGGGAAAACUACUCUGAUGAAGAAUGUCUCUCUGACCGGAACGACUCCAAAAACUCUGCAAACUCUCAGAAGAGAAAGAAGCGAAGACACAGGACGGUGUUUACGUCACAUCAGCUGGAGGAGCUCGAGAAGGCUUUCCACGAGGCUCACUAUCCGGACGUGUACGCGCGCGAGAUGCUCGCGAUGAAGACCGAGCUGCCGGAGGACCGGAUACAGGUGUGGUUCCAGAACCGGCGUGCUAAGUGGAGGAAGCGUGAGAAGUGUUGGGGCCGCAGCAGCGUGAUGGCGGAGUACGGUCUGUACGGCGCCAUGGUGCGUCACUCCAUCCCGCUCCCCGAGUCCAUCCUCAACUCCGCCAAGAACGGCAUGAUGGGGUCCUGCGCCCCCUGGCUGCUCGGUGAGCCGCAUGCACGGAUGCACAAGAAGUCUCUGGAGAUGUCUAAGAAGUGUUCCAGUCCGCCUCCGUCCGACUCUUUCUGUGAAGCCUCUGAGCGGCGGGCCGGAGGGGGGCGGACCGGCAGGGAGGAAGAGGAGCCGCUGGAGGAGGAAGAGGAAGAGGAAGAGGAAGUGGCCAUCGAUCUGUCCAGCUCGUCCAAACAGCAGCAGCAGGAGGAGCUAAGGCCCGCCUCCUCAUCGCCACGGCGACAGAGCGGCAGCAGCAGCCAAUCAGAACACAGCUGA